ACACGGGAGCUGCAAUUUACGAGGCGUCAUUGAAGGCAACAAAUAAGAGCAAGUGAGCGAGCGAGGGAGAGAAAGGGGGUUUGCUCAUCAGCGUUUUUUCCGUUUUCUGGCGGCUCGUUGUUCCUCCUCCUGCCGUGUCACUGGACUAAAAAAAAAAAGAGGAAGGAAUAUGGUUUGGUGCGACGCUCCUCCCGUUUAGUAGCGGAUCUCUGCAAACACGGACAGGAGGCUGUCGGUCCCGGUAAAAGCCGCUUCCAACACCUGAGACUAUCGCCCACAGUCCUGCAGGAGAGCAGCCAGCACACCGCGACUCAUAAAUGGUGGAGGCCGUGGUGGAGUUCGAUUAUGAGGCUCAGCAGGACGAUGAGUUGACCCUGACGGUGGGCGACAUCAUCAAGAACAUACGGCGGGACGAUGGCGGCUGGUGGGAGGGCGAGCUGGGCGGACGCAGGGGGUUCUUCCCCGAUAACUUUGUCAGGGAGUUAAAGAAGGAAGGGAAGAGAGAUGGAGGACAGGUGGGGAUGAUUAAGUCUGAACUCUCCAACGGCAGGGCCAGCCCGGUGUCGGACACCAGCAUGCGACCUGGAAAGAAAGGAGAGCAAAUCCGUAAGCGAAGAUGUAAGGCUUCCUUCAGCUAUGCACCUCAGCAUGAAGACGAACUGGAGUUGAAAGUCGGAGAUGUCAUUGAGAUCAUCGCAGAGGUGGAGGAGGGAUGGUGGGAAGGGCUUCUUAAUGGGAAGAUUGGAAUGUUUCCCUCCAAUUUCACCAAAGAGAUGCUGGCAGAUUCAGACGCUCCCUCCCUGGAAACUCCCAACUCACAGGAGGAAAUCCACCACAGCCGCACCAGUAAAGACAGUCCUGGCAGUGAAAGCGAUGGAGGAGACAGUCGGUCAGAAUCAGGAUCAGAAAUCCAACCCAAGAAGAUUCAGGGGAUUGGCUUCGGUAACAUCUUCAAAGACCAGCCCAUCAAGCUCCGGCCACGCUCCGUGGAUCUGGAUUCAGACAAGGGCAACGAAGGAAAAGACGCAAGUGUAGCAGCUGAAACCAUGAAGACCGAACCUGAUGGCAAAGCUAAUGUGCGGGAGCAGUGUAAGGUCCUUUUCCCAUAUGAAGCACAAAAUGAAGACGAGCUGACGCUGAAAGAAGGGGACAUCAUCAAUAUUAUCACAAAGGAAUGUGCCGAUGCAGGUUGGUGGAUGGGGGAGAUCGGUGGGAGGCAAGGUGUCUUCCCAGAUAACUUUGUCAAACUGCUUGAAGUUGAGAAAGAGAGACCAAAGAAACCGCCGCCACCCAUCGCUCCAUCAGCCAAACACACCACAGAGAAAAAAUCAGAAGCGAAGAAGGUUCCUCCAGAGCGGCCUGAGCAUCUGCCUCAAAGAGACCCGGAUCGAGGUGAAGAGAUGAAGAUUGGAGAAAUUGUUAAGCCCUCCCUCCCAGCUCACCUUCCCAAGAAACCCCUCCCCCCAAAGUCAAGCUCCUCCUCUUCCUCCCAUCCCCCACGGCGUCCAGAGAGGCCGCCUACAUUAGCGUGUGAAAGCCCCAAGUCUGAGGGCGGGGCUUCAACCCCAGAUUCUGCCCCUGACAGGUCACAGGCCACUGAUCUCGACCUGGACUCGGUCGUCUCCUCGACAGAGAAGCUGAGCCACCCGACGGCGUCACGGCCGAGAGUCACAGACCGCCGGCCUCGCUCCCAGAUCAUCACACCUUCGUCUCUGUCCAGCACAGAGCUGGACUCUCCAACGGUGGAGGACAGGAAGGACAGGAGGAAAGACGACCAGGAGUCCGUCCCCGUCAAGAAAGGAAUCCCAGUCAUCCCAGUACAUGACAUUAAGGCCCCGCUGCCUAAACCCUCCAUCCUGCCCCCGCCUAACUCCGGCCACCGCUCCAUGUCCCCGUCCUCCUCCUCGGGUCUGACCCCAUCCCCGGAGCUCCGGCAGUCGCCGCUCACGCCGACGCCGCCGACGCUGGAGGAACUCAGGAACCAACUGAGAGACUUGAGAGCCUCCAUAGAGAUGCUGAAGCACCAGCACAGGCAGGAAAUGAAGCACUUAGCCAACGCUUUGGAUGAAGAGAAGAAGAUACGUGUUAGUUUACAGGUGGAAGUAGAGCACAUAAAGAAGAGCCUGUCCAAAUGAAGACUGAAGAAUCAAUUUCUCACCACAUCUGAGGCCACAUUAAAAAACAAAAAACAAAAAAAUGGAAAAAGAUUAACUUUCUCACAGUUGGAUUUGACAUUUCCGCCAAAACUAAGUUUGUGCCAAACGAUUGCUACCAUCACCAACGGUUCAGCACCAUGGAUUCAGCUACAUUUCCUCCCCUCUGAGCCGCCUUAUCCUGCGUUUACUUCUUUCUUUUUUACCUUCUGUUAAAGAGGCUUCUCUGUUUGGUUUACUGCUAUCUUCGCUGUGCCACUGGUACAAGGACGCGCCUGGAGCCGCGGCUGCCUGGUACUGUUUUAAGUUUCCCAGAGUGAAGGAAACCUCAGCCUCUGUAGCCUGGUCUGACCAGAAGACCUCUGUGCAGUUCUGCGUCCACUUUGCGGCCUUCACCUCCUGUCUGUGUGUGUGUGUGUAUGGGUGUGUGUUUGUAUGUUUGUUUUCAUGUGAUGUGAGGACCUGAUGUAUUGAGGUUCAAAGGGGGGACAUUUUUAGAACCUAUAUUUCCAAUUUAUCAAAAAUAAAAUUCUGAGCACUUAAA